AUGAUAAAACAGUUUAAAGUGGAUGCUGUCACUUUGGAGUCUGAAAAUGUAGUUUAUACAGGAACAAUAAAGAAUGAACCAGCUAUUUGUAUUUUCCCUAAAAAAUCGGUUCUGCAAGAUGAAUUUUUAGACGUUAUUAAGGAAGAUGUAGAACUUAAACUACAUAACGAUAUUUAUUACGCUUACACUGUAAAAGCUAAGGUAGAUCUAAAAUUUCGUUUAAUUUGGCCAGCCACUCAGAAAUAUUUCGUCAAAUACACUUCAAAAAUGGAAUUUUGUAAGGAAACGUACGAUGAUUACAUCGCGAAAAGGACAAAUGAACCUGUUGUAUGGAUUGAAAAUAUUUUAUCUGGAAAAGAAGAAAAAUUUAGAUACUACGAGGAUGAUAAAUUUAUACUUAUGCCUAACUACAAAUGGACAGAACUUUCUACAGAUGAUAUUCAACUUCUAUUAGUAUUCAAAGAUGCUAAUCUUAGAUCUAUAAGAGACAUUUCAGAUGUUACUCUUUUAGAAGAAGCACGUUCAGUUAUUAUUGAUCAACUAAAACAUUUUAAAUUGGAAUAUAAAGAUGUUAUAUUGUUUUUUCAUUAUAAGCCUACUUAUGAACAUUUACAUUUACAUAUAGUACAUGUAAACCUAGGUCAAACAGCUUCCUUAUCUGUAAUAAGAGCAAGACUAUUGGAAGAUGUAAUUUAUAAUCUAAAAUUAGAUAUAAAUUACUAUAAAAGAGAUAUUUGGCAUUCUCAAAAAAAAUCAAUAAAAUAA